AUGCUGCGAAAUCGCCCGCCUGCCUUUGCAAAAAUCUCACAUUUUCUCCAAAACGGGUCAGAGCCAUCAGCCCCAUCAGUCGCUUCGUUGCACAUCAUCUCGGCAUGGAGUUGGAGCACUCUGCUCAGUUACAACAGCGCGGUCAAAAAAUACCUGAUCUAUCAGUCCACGAGAGGCACAGGGGCCUUUACUCUUCCCCUUACGGCAGACGACCUAGAAGAUUUUGCGAUAUGGGCGGGGCGCAAUGAGUAUAGCGCCAACGCAGGCAAGAUAUCGGCACAGUCUCUCAAGAAAUAUCUCAUCGGUCUGAAGGCAUGGCACCAUUUUCACGCCGCGACCUACCCGGUAGCAAGCAAAGCUCGGAUCGAUUUAAUCCUCAAAGCAUCGUCUAAACUAGACGCCGUGACACCAAAAACUCCCGCCAAGCCACCAGUGAUGAUAUGGCAUUUGAUGCUUCUCAUGAGCUCCUUACACGGGAAGUCCGACUUCGACUGCGCGGUGGUCGACCUCUGCAUCGUGGCUUUUUGGGGCCUGGCGAGGCUGGCAGAGUUGACGUACGACAAGGAGACCGGCCCACUGCGGUACGACAACUCAGCUUUGACAACAGACGUGACUUUCACGACAGCGGACAACGGCCCGGGAGAAUUGGCCACAAUCAGCAUUCGCAACGCCAAGACAUCCGGACCUGGUGGAACCCAACUACUGCUCCUGACGGAGCAACCUCACAUCCUGUGCCCAGUAAGGGCAAUACGACGGAGGCUGCGUGAGGCGGGGUCGGCGCGCACCUCUCUUUUCGGCUUCGGGACAGCGGCCGAGCGGCGUCACCUUACCCGAAGAGCGGUGGUGGCUAGGAUUCAAGAAGUAUUAAUAGCCAAAGGAGAGGCACGACUGUUGGGCCACUCCUUCAGGGUGGGCGGCGCAUCUCUGAGACACGCCCUGGGUAUGCCCGACGCGGAUGUCCGGUAUCUAGGCAGGUGGACAUCCCGCUGCUACUUAUUGUAUUUGAGACCAUAUUCGCAACCAGAUUUGGCACGCACCCGUUUAGUUUUGCGCAACCUUGCUCUCCCCAACCCUGAGUUGAUGGGUUUUGUGCCUGAACCCCCCCCUUUUUUACUCCCCCCCACCGAGAUCCUGCCCGCCUGCACUGUCGCGCUACCUGGUCAGGCUAGGAGGAGUGACACCGCUCCUCCGAACCCUUCUUCCCACACCGGCAGAGGGUCUUCAGCACGGCAAGAAUCUUUCACAAGGUCAAGCGGGGCGAGUGCCCCUGCCGGUACCAGUGGCGAGUCAGCGCUAGUGGAUUGUUGUUGGCUGUCCCAUUAG